AUGCCUCUCAAACUUCUAACAACAUUGUACGGGCUCGUUAUUCUCUUUGCCUUGGGUGAAACUGCUUUGGGCUGGUGGGCAGGGUUCACAAAUGGCUGGUCUCACCAUCUUCGUUUAUUUGGGAGGUUCGCGGGUGUAAUAUCUCUAUGUGCUUGGAUUUGGGUCGGAAUACUGUUAUCGUAUCACAAUCGGCCUGGAUCAACGCAUCCUCUCACGCAGACUUUUGUGCACCUGCAUACAUUCACGAUGCUCACUGGCUUAUACUUAGCCUUGGGCAUAGCUAUCGCUAGCCAGGUUCCCGCGGAGUGUGGUGAGGGAUACUCGGACGGAUUAUCUGGGAUGUGGUGUGGCGUGUCAGCUUCCGCGUGUGCAGUUGCUUUUUUGUUAGGCGUCCUAUGUCAGUCCGACUCAGUUCUGUUUGCUGAUGGUAUAAAGGCUAACACGAGCCUCGUAGCCGGGAUCACCCUCAUUACCAUCCGUCUGGCCUCUCCAAGCAUGAAGGAGAAUGUCUGCUCAGGGGAUAGGGGCCGGCCCGUUGGCAACCACAAUGAUCUGAUAACGAUUACAUGA